UUCUUCUAUCUGUCAUUGGGAGAAAGAGGAGCAAUUAUCAAUUCAGAGCGAAGGAGAAGGAGAAGGAGAAGGAGAAAAAUGAGCGAGACGAGACCAGUGCCGAGGAGAGAGAGCCCAUGGGGAUUGCCAGAAGGGGAUAAUCGUCAACCAAAGGCCCAUCGAUGCAAUGACCGAGCCGAGGAUGUCAUCCAAGCUUGUUUUGAGGGAAACCCGUUUAGUACAGUUCCAGGACCUUUCAAGCUCUUCUGGCGAUGCAUGCGUUCUAAACCCGGGGAGGAACCGACAGAACCAUAUACCUAUUUGCAGUUGGAUCCCCCAAAAAGAGAGGUGAAACUUGAGUAAACCACUUCUUAGAAAGCCAUCAAGACGAUUUUAGUUUUAGGUUGAAUCACUAUGAUUUCUAUACUUCCAGUUUUGUUGUCUAUCAAAUAUAAGGCUUACAUUAAUUUCAAGCGCCACUAAGUUUUUGGCUUUCUAUGGUUUGAUAAUAAGGAUGUUAAAUGAAUCCCCAAACUUCCAAUGUGAUUAUGAUUUGCACCACCUAUUAGUGAUUUUAUGUCUUUUUUA